AUGGGCUGUUUCGAAAGAGAGCAUGCAGGCUUUGCAUGCGACACUCAUGCAGCGCUCCUGCCGCCUAUGGGUCAGGUGGCGAGUGAAGAUAUCACGGAGGAUGAUGAGGUUAAGUGUACUUUAUGGCGACGCAUGGUUCAACAUAGUCUUGCUGAAUGGGAGCGUAUGAGUCAAGGUGUUAUUAUUGUAGGAGAGGGAGGAGACGAUGAAGAUGAUGCUCCAGACAAGGAUAACGUUGACCCACAACAUGCUGACAAAGAUGACACCGAGGAAGACUAUGAUGAUAUCGCAAGCGAGGAGGUAGGAGAGGCUGAAGAUUGA